AGUCACACUAAUGUCGAAACACCAAACAAAAUCGGGCAUGUCGCGGAAAUGUGUGAAUUAAAUAAACGAACGCGAGCGUGCAUAGCGUGCUGCUACAACAAUUCGAUGCUGAGCUGAGCGUUGUGCUAAUCGGUCAGCCUUAUCAACAAAGAGUCACCGCGGGGAUCAAAGGCGCAACGACCGUGGAAAUUUCGAUUUUUGCCUGCGACGCUGCUGAUUUUCUGAGGCAAAAUUUAGCCCAAUUACCGCGCAAUGUUCGAAAAAUAAUUACAAUAUUCGUUAAGGUUUGUGCGCGAUUGAAUGAUUAUAAAUAAGUUUUGUUUAUUUCCGUGUGGUACGCGGCAGCAGCUCUACGGCAGAGGUAGAGGCAGCAGCGCGGCAGGCGAUUGAUUGCCAAUUUUUCGUUUUGUUUCUCUCUCUCUGGCACGUUUCAUUCACCAGAACGUUUGUGUGUUUGUGCGUGUGUGGGUGACGUAAACAAAUGCAAAAAGCGAAAAAGUGUGUGCAAGAAUUCGAAAAAUGCGCUUGUCGAUUCCCGUGCCAAAUAGCAACAAAAACAACAAAAGCAGCAGCAGCAACAAACAACCGUAAUUCCAGUGUUUGGUAGCAGCAGCGGAAGCAGCGCAAUUGACAUAACUCUUUAUUUUUGUGCUUUGUGUUCUCUGCGACUCUGUUUUGUGCCUCACAUUCGUUGCAUUUACCAGCUGUGCGAAUCUGCAGUGGUAGUGGUGCGCCUGCUCCCGUACAUGUGUGUGCGCGCAACACGUUUGUGUCUGUGCUGCUGCAUGCGUAGGCGAGAGAGCCCAUAGUAGCAUAGAGAGGAGUUGUUCUGCUGCGUAAGCGAAGCGAAGCCGGCGUCGCCGUCGCCGUCGCCGUCGACAGCGUCCGUGCGUCACAGAUGCGACAGAUAAGACGGACUGGAAGCGAGACUGUGGAACCAGUCAAUGUCUGAUUGUGUGUGAAAACUAGAACGGGGUCUCUCUCCCUCUAUGACUGAUAAUGCUGCCACUCGACAAGAAGAGCUGCCACUCCAUGCCAUAUGCCACACAAUGGCCAUGCCACAAAAUGAGUAUCUGAAAAUUUGGAAACAUAUCAAAUGGCGAAAAAGUGAAAAGUAACCGAUGCGAACAAUACAGACACAACACAGAUGUAACAGGAUAUACAACGGCAGGAAAAACAACAGAGAGAGAGAGAGAGAUUGAAAUUUAUACACGCAUGGGAAAAUACAAAAGUUUGAGUGGAGAAAAGAGCUAAGUUAAGCCAAGAAGAAGCCAGUGCCAUAAACGAGAACUUAUAUUUUGAUAAUUAUUAAACAGAAAGACAGAAAGACAUGCAUACAUAUCCCUGAAGCAAGGAAACGCUGCCAAUUAUAAGCGAGAGCGAGAGAGAAAGUCAAACAUAGAUUGAGAUACAUUUACUCGUAGAUAGAACCACCGAUUGACAACAGCAGCAGCAGCAGCAGCAGCUGGACAAAAGCUAUAGAAAAGCUUUAUUACCCAGCAACAAUAUGACAAUAUCAUCUGGAGAGACAACAGCAAGAGGUGCAACCACGAAUAUACAUCAUGCAACAAAUCGCAACAAAUAUGAAAAACUCAUUACGAAGCCACAGAUGCAGAGGCAGGAUGCGAAUGCGGAAACGGAAGCCAAUGAAAGUGCCUGUGCGGAUGGCAAUUUCAAUAAGCAUUUUGGCAAUGGUCACGGAACUGGAACUACCACAGAUCGCACAAUGCUAUUGCCUUUGGAGGAUACAAAUGCCUCCAGCAUUGUCACGUACAAGCUGAAAUCGAAUGCGAAUGGCAACGGCAAUGGCCACAUCAACAGUGGCAACAACAGCAGCAGCAGCAGCAGCAGCAGCAACUCGUGCACCUCAUCAUCAACGUCAAUUGGUAUCGCCGGCAGCAGCAGCGGCAACGGCAACGGCCAUCAGGGGCCAGGCAGUGGAUCCUAUUCUAUGGGAUGGAUGUGCCAUUGUUGUAAUUUAAUUGCACGUCGUUGCAUUGGCUUCAAUGUGCGACGAUGUGUUUUUGCCCUGUUUGCCAUCACGAUGGUUAGCAUUUUCUACUACACGCAUUAUGUCGAUACGGGCGUAUUUAAUGGCCUCAUUCAGCGGGACACACAUCCGGCGCCCAUCAUCCACUGUCGGAUGAUCAAUGCGGCGGGUAAACAUGUCAGAGAUGCCUCCCCAGCGCCCGAUCAUCGCUCCGAGGCGCGUCUACGCAUCGAUCCCAAGGUUCUGGUGUUUGUGGAGACCACAUACUCGGGACUGGGCCGGGAUAUUGCGGAGCUGCUGGUCUACAAUCGGAUCAAAUACAAAAUCGAAGUGGCUGGCAAGAGUCUCCCGGUGCUCACAAAUCUCGACAAGGGACGCUAUGGCGUGAUUGUGUUUGAGAAUCUGGACAAGUACCUCAACAUGGACAAGUGGAAUCGGGAGCUGCUCGACAAGUACUGUCGCGAGUAUGCCGUUGGCAUUGUGGGCUUUCUGAGUCCCAGCGAAGAGACUUUGGUGGGGGCACAGCUGCGGGACUUUCCACUGUUUGUCAACACGAACCUGCGGCUUCGUGAUGCAAGCUUGAAUCCCGGAUCCUCUGUGCUCCGGCUGACGCGUGCGGGGGAGACCGCAUGGGGAGCACUGCCCGGCGAUGAUUGGGCGGUGUUUCAGCAUAAUCACAGUACCUACGAGCCCGUGGAGUGGGCACAGCGGAAUACGAACGAGUAUCCGGCGGAUAGUGUGGGGCAGGUGCAGCUGCCACUGACGACAGUGCUGCAGGAUCGCGGGCACUUGGACGGCAUCCAGCGGGUGCUCUUUGGUAGCAGCCUGCGCUUUUGGCUGCACCGCUUGGUGUUCCUCGACGCGCUCAGCUACUUGAGUCACGGACAGCUGAGCCUCAACCUGGAGCGAAUGAUUCUCGUGGACAUUGACGACAUCUUUGUGGGCGAGAAGGGCACGCGCCUGCGGCCCGACGAUGUGCGUGCUCUGGUGGCCACGCAAAAGAACAUUGCAGCCAUGGUGCCGGGAUUCAAGUUCAAUCUUGGGUUCUCGGGGAAGUACUACCACCAUGGGACGCGGGAGGAGAAUCUCGGCGAUGAUUUCCUGCUGCAGAAUGUCCAGGAAUUCAAUUGGUUCUCGCACAUGUGGAAGCACCAGCAGCCGCAUCUCUACGACAAUCUCACGCUCCUCAUGGCCGAGAUGCACCUGAACUACGCCUUUGCCAUGGACCACAAUAUACCCACCGAUUCGGGAUACUCCAUCUCGCCGCAUCACUCUGGCGUCUAUCCCGCCCACGAGCUGCUCUACGUGGCCUGGAAGAAGGUGUGGAACGUGAAGGUCACCUCCACCGAGGAGUAUCCGCACCUGCGGCCAGCGAGACUGCGCCGUGGGUUCAUCCACAGGAACAUAAUGGUGCUGCCGCGGCAGACUUGUGGCCUGUUCACCCACACGAUGUACAUCGAUCGGUAUCCCGGUGGCAGGGACAAGCUGGACGAGUCGAUACAGGGCGGCGAGCUCUUCCAGACGAUCGUCUACAAUCCGAUCAACAUCUUCAUGACGCACAUGUCGAACUAUGGCUCGGAUCGGCUCGCUCUCUACACAUUCCAGUCGGUGAUCAAGUUCCUGCAGUGCUGGACGAACCUGAAGCUGGCCUCGGCGCCGCCCAUUCAGCUGGCGGAGAUGUACUUCCAGCUGCACCCCGAGGAGGUGGAUCCCGUGUGGGGCAAUCCCUGCGACGAUGCGCGACACAAGAAGAUCUGGUCCAAGACCAAGAACUGUGACUCGCUGCCCAAGUUCCUGGUCAUUGGACCCCAGAAGACGGGCACCACCGCCCUCUACACAUUCCUCUCGAUGCACGGCAGCAUCGCGAGCAACAUUGCCUCCCCCGACACCUUCGAGGAGGUGCAGUUCUUCAAUGGCAACAACUACUAUCGCGGCCUGGACUGGUACAUGGACUUCUUUCCCUCGGGCGAGACAGUGGCCAUGCCCAACAACAGCUCCCCGAUGCCCACGCAGCUGGGCAGCCCGCGCUACAUGUUCGAGAAGAGUGCCACGUACUUUGACGGCGAGGCAGUGCCCAAGCGGACGCAUGCCCUGCUGCCACAUGCCAAGAUUGUGACGAUCCUGAUAUCGCCAGCGAAGAGGGCGUACUCCUGGUACCAGCACCAGCGGGCACAUGGCGAUGUGAUAGCCAAUAAUUAUAGUUUCUAUCAGGUCAUAACGGCAAGUGACUCGGCACCGAGAGCCCUCAAGGAUCUGAGGAAUCGUUGCCUCAAUCCGGGGAAAUACGCCCAGCACUUGGAGCACUGGCUGGCCUUCUACCCCGCCCAGCAGGUGCACAUCAUAGAUGGGGACCAGCUCCGCCUGAAUCCCAUCGAUGUGAUGAACGAGCUGCAGCGCUUCCUCAAAGUCCAGCCGCUGCUCGAUUAUUCAAAUCAUCUGCGCUACGACGUGAAGAAGGGCUUCUAUUGCCAGGCGCUCAACGAGAAGCGCAAUAAAUGCCUCGGCAAAUCGAAGGGACGCCAGUAUCCGACGAUGGAUGAGCGCAGCGGCAAGCUGUUGCAGCGAUACUAUCUGAAUCACAAUACGGCGCUGGUGAAGCUGCUGAAGAAGCUCGGCUCUCGGCCCAUUCCUCAGUGGCUCAAGGAGGACCUGUCGACGGGCACGUGAUAGCAGCUGUUUGGCGGAGGAGGAGGAGGAGCAGGAGGAUACGGUGGCAGCGGCGCAGGAGGCAUAAAGUAUCGCAAAAUGCGGGCAAAACUCAGGAAACAGUUGCAUUGGUUGCACCUGGCAGUGGCGGCGGAGGCGGAGGCAGUGGCGGCGCCAAAGGAGAGCACCAGCCACGAGGACAGCGCCGCCAGUUGGCAGCAGCGACGUCGACGCCACAACUGAUGGCAGACGCAAAAAGAAAAACAAAAAUGGGAAAGCGAAGGGGAAGGGGAAGGGGAAAGGGAAAGCCACCAUAAAAUAUAAGAUGAAAAAAGUUACAUAAUUAGUUAGUCGGCGCUUUUAAAAUGCAUAAAUCUUUUUGUUUGUUGCUAUUGCAGCUAAUUAAUGUCACUGCUGCAGUUGUCAGUGGAAAGUUUGUACGAUAUGUACACACACAAACAUAGGUAUAUAAAUACAGUUAUUUAGCGUGAAUGUGUGCGGGUGUGAGUGUGCAAAUCUGUGUGUAAAUAUGACCCGAGUGCGUGCAUUAUAAAUUAUCAUAAAGAACGUUCGUGGCAUCAUGAAUACAAAUAAUGCAUAAAUGCGCUUUGUUAGUUGUUUAAUGUUUAAUGUAAAUCAUUAUUCUUAAUAUUAUUAUUAGUUGCUAAUAGCAACUAAUUAAGUUUUAUAGUCGUGUAUGUGUGUAUAUCGUGUAUAUUUUAUGAUUUCUGUAAUUUGUUGUUACCUCAGAGACUCCACACACACACACACACACACAUGCAGACAGACAGCUUGAAUGCAUCCUAAAGACUCAAAUCAAAAGCACCUUUUACUUCAAUACGCUAUCCAUGGACACUCUCUACUCUCUAUUCGACUCUACACUUAGCUGUAACUGUAAAAGCCAUGCCAAAACUGUGACGGGAUCCUUUGCCCCAAAGGGAGCCAACGAGUGCUACAAACACCCUACCAACCACAUACUUAUCUACAUUUAGGAUCUAGUAGUUGUUAGAGAUAAGGAUAAGGCUGCUCUAACCCAUAAGUGUAGUUGUAAAAUGUUUUAAGCCUAAGCUACUCACUCACUCCAUGCAAAGCAACGCCAUGCAUGCCACGCUUGCACCAUGCAGCAGCAGCAUGAAAUGUGCGAGUAAAACUGUAAAGCUCUAGUUGGAUAAGCAAGCUCCAUAAGUACCCUAAGCACUAAGCAAAGCUCUAUUGUAUAGUUGGAUAUAUGCUUAUCUAGUGUACAUGAGAACUAGUUCAAGUUUAGAUUGGUAAUGCGACAAUAAUAAAACGCCGAACAUUAUUGCAAGUGUAAAAUGGAAAA